UACACCAACAAAACCGGUUUAAUUCUAAACCGGAGGUUCUCUUCCACUCAAGGCAAUGUUUUCUACCAGUAUGGAGCCGGUUCAUAUAUGCUUUGAUGAUGCUAUGAUAACCGGAGAUGAACUCAAUGAUAUAUUGGCGUUUCUUCAAUCAGACGAGUCGGACAAUCCAAGCGAGGUGGUACCGGUUGAUGAGAAGAAGAGAAGAAGGACGAUAUCGAACCGGGAAUCGGCUAAGAGAUCGAGGUUGAAGAAGAAGAAACGUUUUGAAGAGUUGACAGAAGAAGUGAACAGGCUGAACCUAAGGAAUCAGGAGCUUAAAAACCGGUUAGCUAAUGUGGUUAGUUGUGGUAAUGAAAUAUCUAAUGAAAAUAACCGGUUAAAAACCGAAUCGGUUUGCCUAGAAAUUAGGCUUUUAGAGUUGUACCGGUUUUUAGUGGCUAUUCAAUCGCCAAUCUCAACGACAGUAACUUAUAUCACAGAGCUUGAGAUUUAAGUUUGGGAUAACAAAUAAAACAAGAAACGAUGCCAAGUAACUUUUUGAGCAUUUUUGUAAAGGUCAAACGAUUUUAAUCAAGA